AGCCCACAGGAACGGAGUUGAUGCUCCCACAUCCAUAGCAUGAGUAGUUGAAGCAAGUGAAUGAUUUGAAAUUCGAGUUAUUUCACGGAAUAACACUCGUAUAUAUUGAGCUCGUAAUGGUACCUCGCAAUUCAAAAGUCUCUCUACGGCUGAAGAAUAAGCGUGUUCUUGGGCCAUCGUAGAAACAUAGAUAGGGUCGACGACGGAACGAAGAACGAAAAUGACGACAGCUUUUUUGUACACGUUCACUUGCAUCACAUACACAAGUGCUCUCUGAACCGUGCAAGAAGGUUACCCAUAACACGGCUCUCCCACUUAAGUGACCUUCCCCGGGCCAUGCAUGCUAUUCAAUGAUAUUGGAAGGCAGCGUAACAACUAGUGUCUUUUUUAAAGCUGGUACGGGAGGCCGAGCUCUACUUCCUUCAGUCGCAAACCAUUCCCCAGUCUCCCGCUCAAGUCACAGUGUGCUACUCUGUAUGAGGACCUCCUUCCCUUCUGCCACUCUCCGUUCACACGGUUCUCAAAGCGGAGGAGAAAGGGCGGGCAACAGGUACCACGAGCCCUCUGCCCCACACAUCUAUUCAGAAGCAAGUUUAGUUCACCGGUUCCACCGAAUGAUCCUAUCUCUCGGCAAAGAUGGUGUGAGUGUGCAGUUAUGCUUCGGAUGCUUCGCCAUUUCAAAUCGACCCAGUUCCCCUUCUUUUCCGGUUCACUCCCUUUUCCGACACACAAUGACCUUUAGGGCUCGACCUUGGGGAGAGGAAAGACGCGGUGGGAACCGAGAGGAAGGAAGCAGCCAUAGCCUCUGUCCGGCCGAUCAUUCCGAUGGCAUCUCUCAUUCACGCCCCCGUUUGACUGCCGUUCGAGGAUGUAGUUGUAGAUACGUUAGUGUCCUUAGUGGGUCCUUGGAUCCACCUCUUAUCUCCUUCUAAGACAUGUUGUUGUCGUCGCCAUAUCUAAUAUGUCACUUAGUCAUCUAUGCAUCGCUGCGGGUCAGCACCUCCGAAAUAAACGGAAGACUUCAUUCAGUGACUCUGCGAUCACCCUCUGAAUGAUCAGAAUAA